AUGGCGCUCCCGCCAAAAUGGUACCAAUUCCUGGUGGGCGUUUUUGCGUCGCUCGGCUCGUUUCUAUUCGGGUACGACCUGGGUGUGAUUGCCUCUGUCGUCGCGUCUGACACCUUUGCUGCGGCCUUCUCACCCGAUGCCACCCAACAGGGUCUCGUGGUGUCGAUGUUCACGACGGGUGCCUUCUUCGGAGCUGCAGGCGCCGGCCCUUCCGGCGACUACCUGGGCCGCCGCUGGACCAUCACGAUUGGUUCUCUCAUCUUCGUUCUCGGCGGUGCUCUCCAGACGGGCGGACAAAGCCUCCACUUCCUCUGGGCGGGCCGGUUCCUCGCUGGCCUCGGAGUCGGGUUUCUCGUCAUGAUCGUGCCGCUCUAUCAAGCUGAGUUGGCUCACCCAUCGAUCCGCGGUCGGAUCACGGCACUGCAGCAAUUCAUGCUGGGACUCGGUGCACUCACGGCUGCGUGGGUCUCGUGGGCGACAUAUGUUCACAUCAAGACCAACUCCGGGCAAUGGCGCAUUCCGCUAGGCAUUCAGAUCAUCCCCGCUCUGUUCCUGGGUGCCCUGAUCUUUUUGUUUCCAGAAUCGCCGCGUUGGCUGAUGGACAAAGGCCACGAACAGAAGGCACUCCAUGUGCUUGCUCGGCUGCACGCCCAUGGGGACACCUCGGAUCCCUGGGUGCGAGCCGAGUUCGACCAGAUUUCCGCAUCGAUCGCCCACGAGCACGCCCACGAAGCCAAAUCUUACAUUGAGCUCUUCCGGAGCCGGAGUAGCUUCCGCCGCUUGUUUCUCUGCUGCGCGAUCCAAGCGUCAGUGCAGAUGACUGGCGUUUCAGCGAUCCAGUACUACUCUCCCAUCAUCUUCGAACGCAUGGGCAUCGCCACGGACGACACGCUCAAGUACCAGGGCAUCAGCAGCAUCAUCGCUUUGGUUGCGCAGUUCUGUACUAUUCUCUUUAUUGACUAUACCGGGCGCCGCUGGCCGCUCAUUCUCGGCAACUUCUUCAACUCCAUCACCUUCAUCAUCGCAACGAUCAUGCUCGCGGUGUUUCCUCCCGGCACGACUAGCAACCGCGGUGCUCAAUGGGGCUUCAUUGUCGUUACGUGGAUCUGGAAUUUCAGCUUCUCAUGUACUUGUGGCCCGCUGUCGUGGAUCAUUCCAGCCGAGGUGUUUGACACCAGGACGAGAAGCAAGGGUGUUUCGAUUGCUACCAUGACGAGCUUUGCAUUCAACACCAUGAUUGGACAAGUCACACCGAUUGCCAUGGAAAACAUCGGAUGGCGCUUCUACAUUCUAUUCGUGGUUUGCAAUCUCACCAAUGCCGUUUUCUUCUGGGCCUUCUUGCCGGAGACCGCCCGCCGUCCGUUGGAGGAGAUGAAUUACCUGUUCGAGCACGCUCCAUGGGUGGUCAUUGGUGUGUCAAAGGAGAGCUACAUGGAAGGUGACAUCGAGCGGAGGCUCGAGCAGGUGGUAGAGGAGAAAUCCGCGGCAGUGUCUCACGUGGGAUGA